AUGCCGUCGAGGACGGAAAUGGCUCGCGACGACGGGGCCGUCGUGCCUACCGCUUCAACACCUCCACCCACGCGUGCCGCACGCCUGCCUGGAUUCGUGCGCUUCCCGCUGCUCAUCGUACUGAGCCUUACAACCUCACUGUCCCUGCUGUCCGCUGCAUCCGGCUUCAUUGAUCCGCAGCUCCGCGAGGUGUCACGCUCUUCGAACGAGGAUGUGAGGGUUUUAUCCUCGAUAGCGUGGAAGCUGACGGAGCUGUCGCUGGCAUGGUUCGGAAACUUUGACGACAUCGACCUCAUCGCCCUAUCCGUCCUCACCCACGCGCCGUGGUACUACCUCCUCUACACCUUCUACGCCGUCGAGCCGACCACGAUCGGCAUCUGCCUCAGCAUCGAUGCCCUCUCGCUCGCCGGGCCCACCCGCCUCCUCCGCGCGCGCGCACCGGCGCACAACCCGCGCGCCCCUCGCGCCGCCGUGCCCAACCGGGCCAUCAUCUCGGACGCGCAGACGGCAUUGGCAACCUCGCUCCUCGGUGCCUCCGUCUACGGCGUAGCGCUGUUCGCGUCGCUGCAGACGUUCCUGCCGGCCUUCAUGACGGUGCACUUCGACGCGCUGCCGACGCUGGCCGGCGCCCACGCCGCCAACCUGCCCUUCCUCGUCGCCAGCCUGCUGCCCGUCGGCCUCGCGGCAAGGGAGUUCAUCCUCGUGCCCGGUCUGGCUGCGAGCAGCACGAGUGGCGAUGCUAAGCGCAAGGCGUUCAACCCCGAGACGGCCGGCCUGCGCGAGCACUUUGUGCACAACUUCUGGUGGUUCGGUCCCGGCGCGCGCGCGCUGAUCAAGCGCACGGCGACGCUGACUGUGUUGACGGCUGCGCAUUCGUUCGUCCAUGCCAGCACCGUGCUGGCUGGUGGUGACCAGGUCGGCGCGGCGGGGUACUCGGCGGUUUGGGUUGUGGGUGGGUUGGUGACGGGGCUGGUGUAUGCGUGGGUUGAGAACGUUUGA